AUGUUUAGCAAGUUUAUCAUUUUAAUUCACAGAAGAGAUUUAUACAACAAAAAUAUUUUGCAAGAUUAUUUGUAUAAUGCAUAUACUACUAAUCUUGGACUUUCUAGAGAAGUGAAGGAAGGUUUUGAUGGGUCUCAAGUAUCAGAUAUUUACAGAUCUGAUUAUUAUAUUAAAUUAUCUAUGAAAUAUAUAGGGCCUUUGAAAUUAGAGCUUGAAAAUCUUGGGCUAAAUCGUUGA